AUGCCAUUCUAUCAUACCUUCUAUGAAGAGAGAGCCAAGUGCUUAGAGAGUACAAUCCAGCAGCACACAGAACACACCAUGUUUGAGGAGUUUGCCGAGAACGUCUUUGCUCCCAUGCUGCCUGUCAAUGCUGCCAUUGUGGAUAUGACAUUAUCGUCAGAAUCAAGCAAUGCCAGUUUGAACGAGGUCCUGCAGCCAGCAGACCCACAGCCCUCGCAGAUGUCCCCCAACACCAGCAGGCAGAGAGCAGGUCAGCAUCAUCAUUCAGCCCCGGUAGCCAUCUUCUGGCCCACAGGCUUCCGGAGACAGCAGCGAGCCGCCAGCACUGACUUCGAUACCUUGUAG